GAAACCUCAUCCAACCAAUUCAUUCAUCUUCAACAAAAUGAAAGAGGGCACAAUUAGUCUUUUAGCUCUUGUGGCUUUGUUCCUCCUUAAGGUGGUCUUAGCCGUUGAGCUCUCUCUUCCCUUCCAUAUGCCAAUCAAUGAAACCUUUGACCUUGAAGUAUUUCAAGGUAAUGCAUUAGUCGGCAUGUACUCAUACCCACGAUGUGGAAGGCAAGGUGGUGGAGGAAAAUGUAUUAAAACCGAAGAGUGUUGUAGUAUUUAUGGUUGGUGUGGAACCACAUCAGCUUAUUGUGCUCCUGGAAAUUGUCAAAGUCAAUGCGUUAAACCAUCUCCACCUCCACCCUCGCCUCCAUCUCCACCCCCAUCCCCACCUCCACCCUCACCUCCACCUCCACCUCCAUCUGUAUACCCACGAUGUGGAAGGCAAGGUGGUGGAGGAAAAUGUAUUAAAACCGGAGAGUGUUGUAGUAUAUAUGGUUGGUGUGGAACCACAUCAGCUUAUUGUGCUCCUGGAAAUUGUCAAAGUCAAUGUGUUAAACCAUCUCCACCUCCACCCCCAUCCCCACCUCCACCUCCAUCCCCACCCCCACCUUCACCCUCACCUCCACCCCCACCUCCAUCUGUAUACCCACGAUGUGGAAGGCAAGGUGGUGGAGGAAAAUGUAUUAAAACCGGAGAGUGUUGUAGUAUUUAUGGUUGGUGUGGAACCACAUCAAAUUAUUGUGCUCCUGGGAAUUGUCAAAGUCAAUGCAAAAGUACUCUAACCUCAUCAGCCAACAAUCGUAUGAGAGGUAUUGAAAGCUUCUAGCUCAAUGUUGUCAACAUAUAUAUAUAUAUGCUAGCUCAUGUAUUCCCAAUUACUAGCUAGCUAGAGGAUGUACUCUUACGCCUCUUUUGAGACUGGUGAAGUGAUGGAAUAAUAAUGUGUGUAAUGAUAAUGCAUAUAAAAUGCAUUAAGUAAUAUAAUAAAUAAAGGAGUGCUUUAAUUUUAUCUAAAUUAAAA